AUGGAGUCGUCAUCAAGGCCUAUGAUUGGAGAGAAAGAAAUUUGCAGUAUUUGUUAUUCUUGCGGAAAACUUGGACACCUGAAGAAAGAUUGUAAGAGCAUACGAGAUGAAGAUAGGCAGACACAACAACAACCAAUUGGAGAAGAGGUUGUUAGCAAUAUUCUCCCAGACGAGGUUCUUUGUCAUGUCUCACAACCUAUUGAAGAUUGUAAGAGCAUACGAGAUCAUCAGGAUUGUGUUAGUAUUCAGCCAGACGAGCUUCUUUGUCAUGUCCCACAAGCUAUUGAAGAUUGUAAGAGCAGACAAGAUCAGGAUUGUCUUAGCAUUCUCCCUGACGAGCUUCUUUGUCAUGUCUUGUCCUUCCUUACCACAAAGGAGGCUGCCUUGACAUCAGUAAUCUCCAAGAGGUGGCGCAAUCUGUUUGCAUUUGUCCCUAACCUUGACAUUGAUGACUCUGUCUUUCUUCAUCCCGGUAAGCUCCAAUGUUACCUGACUGGACGGAGGUUCCAGGAUUUUGUUAAUAGAGUAUUGGCUCUGCAGGGUACAACUCCCAUUAAGAAAUUCUCCCUCAAAUGUAUCGAUGUUUCUACAAAUUUAGUGGAUGGUUGGAUAAGUAAUGUGUUGGCCCGUGGUGUUUCCGAAGUUGAUCUAAAAAUCAGUUUGCAAUUCUACGGUGAGUAUGUGCUAUCUUCAAAAAAUUUCCAGAGCAACAAUCUAGUUAAGCUGAAAUUAGACAGUCUUUAUAUUGAUGGGUUGCCUGGAGGCAUAUUCUUACCAAUGCCUAAGCUGGAGGAAUUAGUCUUGGUUGAUAUGAUCUCGACAAAGGUUGAUGACUACACCGUAGUUAAUAUGGAAAACUUAUUUGAAGCUCAUAUCAGACUUUUGGCAACUUGUUAUGAAGUUGAGAUAGCAAGAGCAGCGCCAAACCAUGAUCAUCAUUUACCUAGUGUGGAGGGUGUUUUAUCCCGAUUUACAAAUGUGGGGAAGCUGAUGAAUGGCAUGCGAAAUGUUCGGUAUCUGGACUUGUCUGGCGAUACUCUCGAGGUGCUUUUUCUAUGCUGUGAAUCAAUGCCAGUUUUCACCAACCUCAAAUCGUUAACUAUUAAGAGUGACGCAAGUCGAGGAUGGCAAGCAUUGCCAGAUCUUAUAAGGAACUGUCCGCAUUUAGAAACUCUAGUCCUUGAGGGUCUCUUGCACCAAGUUACAUAUAAAUGCGGGGAUGCUUGUGACUGCGUUUCUCGAGAGGAUAAGGGUCGGUCACUCACAUCUUGUCCAGUAAAAGUGUUAGAGAUCAAAGCGUUUCAAGGAAGAAUCGAAGAGAUGCACAUGAUAAAGCAUUUCUUGGACUAUUUUCCGUGUUUGAAAGAGGUAAAGAUCUUUAUGGAAGGGAAUGGUCCUACACAGCUCAGAGACCCCGAAGCGUCCGAAGUAAUCAUAGAGAAGAUGAAACUCUACAACAAAAAAAACUUGGUGCGACCCGUUUCUUUCUAG